AAGAUUACUGGUGUGAUAUUCAAGUAUUGUACAAUAGACUAGUAUUACCAUAUUCUGGUCGAGCCGCACUAGCCUUUGAGCCGCACGAUGUUUUUCUAGUAAUUUUUUUUGCUCUAGCAUAAAAAAUCUUUAUACUAUGUCUACAACGAACAACCUCUUUGGAUCGACUAUAGUAUCAACCCACUUUACAACAAAAUGGCUGGUUCUCAGUUAAAGCAGCUUAAGGCUGCACUUAAAGAAAAGGGACUCAUUGGUCAAACCAACACCAAAUCAAAAAAAUCCAAGCAUAAUAAAGCCGAAGUCAAACGAGAUGACCGUCAGCACAAGAUUGAUGAAGUCCGUAAUGAAUUUAACAAGUUCGAUACCAAGAUAAACCGUACUAAACAUGACGUGUCUAUUAUCCAGCAAGGUAAAUUUGUUAAAAUGGGGUCUAAGCAACAUAAUGAAACUUCUGCCCGUAAUGGAGCUGUGUUGAAGACUAUGAAGAUGCAGUAUAACUUAGAAAAGGGGAGACGCGGUAAGACUGGCGGGAUCUUGGAUAAACGUUUUGGUGAAAGUGACAAGCACUUGAGUAAAGAAGAAAAAAUGCUUGCUAGAUUUACCAAGGAAAGACAGAAUGCCAGCAGAAAGAGAAACGCAUUUUCUUUGGAAAGUGAUGAAGAAGAUGAAGAUGACGACGAAGAUGGAUUCACUUUGACCCAUAGUGGUCAAGCACUUUCUUUAGACGACGAACCAAGUGUGAAAUACGUCGAUGAAGAUUAUUCAGUAGAAGACGAACAAGAACAACCUGCUAGAAAGAAAUCCAAGAACGAAGUCAUGAAGGAAAUCAUUGCCAAAUCUAAAUUUUACAAGCAACAAAGACAAAAGGAAUUUGCAAAGACACAAGAUGAAAUUGACGUUUUAGAUGACGAGUUUGGUGACGUUAUGGAUGACUUAAGAAAUGUUCAAACAGCUACACCUGUAUUCUCUACCAAGUCUGCUGAAUCGAUUGAGUAUGACAGUAAAGUUCGUGAGUUGACUUAUGAUAGAAGAGCUGUUCCUGCUGAUAGAACUAAGACCCAAGAAGAGUUAAUUAAAGAACAUGAAGACAAAUUGAAGAAAUUGGAAGCUGAUAGGUUGAGGAGAAUGGAAGGAUUUGUUGACUCUAGAGAAGCUGAAGCUGAUGAUUUGGAUGAUGAAUUCUGGGCUGGUGGAAGUGACGAGGAUGAAGAACAAGGAUUUGCCAUUAAGGAAGAUGGAGGAGACGAUAGCGAAAGUGAAAGUGAAGACGAACAUUCUGGAAGACCAAAGACUGUCAAGACUCCACCUGUUAUCAUGCCUUAUACUCAUCAUGAAUUUGAACAAGAAGUUUCCCAAAUUGAGCCUGCUAAACAAGCAAACCACAUUAAUAAAAUAAUUCAAGCUUAUAAACCAAACUUAGCUCAAGGGAACAAGGAAAAGAUGAACAAUUUUGUAGGAAUAUUAUUCCAACAUGUUCUUCAUCUUGCCAAUCAUGAUCAAGAAUUUCAACACAUCGUGGAAAUAGUCAAGAAAUUAGCAGAAACAUAUAAUGAAAAACUUGUUGGAACCAUCAGAGAAGAAAUCUCACACAUUCAAUCAAGAAUAUUAAAGCAUCACUUGCGCAAGAGUGAUUUGGUAUUCUUUGUUGUUAUUGGAUACUUAUUUUCUACAUCUGAUCAUUAUCAUUUGAUAGUUACACCAUGCUUGAUCUUGAUGAAUGAAUUGUUAACAUCAAUAAUAUACUCUCCAAACACGAAUGUUCAAACUAUCGGACAAGGUAUUUUCACCGUGGAUGUCUUGUUGUCAUACCAAAGAUUUGCCAAAAGAUUCGAUCCAGAAGUGGUUAACUUUAUUGAAUACGCUAUGUUGCAAUUGAUCCCAGAACCUAAGAAAAUGACUGGUUUAGACAAGAUUUUAUCAUCAAAGACUGAAUCUAGGUUUUCCGUAUCGAAAACUGAACAAAUCAAUACAGGAAUCAUUUCGAUUAAACAAUUGUUUAAAGAAGAAGGAGAGCUCAAAUCACAGUUACUUGUUAAAUUAGUUGAUAUAAUGGAUAAAUUAGUAUCACUUUACAAGGAAAAGUCCUGUCUUAUUGAAAUUCUUGACUCAUUUAUUCCAAUUUUAAAACAUCUUGUCAAGUAUUUUGCAGCCAGUAUACCCAACUUACUGUCAACUUUAACCAAAUUCACUAAACUUCAAUCGAACUUGGUUAAAUCCCGUAAACCAUUGACAUUACAACAUCAUCGUGCUCUUGCCAUGGCUACAUUUGCACCUAAGUUUGAAGAAAACUUUAACCCAGAUAAGAAGUCCUAUGAUGUUAAUAAGGAACGUGCUGAUUUGAACAAGAUCAAAUACCAAAUCAAGAUGGAAAAGAAGGCUGCCCUUAAGGAUAUCAGACAAGAAAACAAGUUUGUCGCAAGGGAACAAAUUGCUGAAAAGAAGAGCAUGUACGACGAAUAUCAUAAGAAGAUGGCCAAUAUUGUUAAUUCGAUUCUGACUAUUGAAGGUGCUGAAAAGAAUCAGUACGAACGUGAAAAGAAGUUAAGAAAAAAUAAGUAGGAGUUGUAUUUUAGAAGAGAUUAUGUAUGUUAAAACACAUUAGCAUUUAUUAGUUGACUGCAAAAUAAGUUAUUAUUUGGUAGCCCCUGUCGUAUUUU